AAGGAAAGAGAGGAACAAACAAACGAUGGCAACAAUCCUGGCAAUUGUGUCCACCAUCUUGUGAGGCCUCAUGUUGUGUCGUAUGUAUGAUAAAAGUACCAGCACAUGAGCCCCAUGCAACCAUUUGGACACCCACUGUGCAGAGAGAAAGUCAGCAGCAUUUUAAGGCGUUCGCUAACAUCACUUAGAGCUGGAGAAUAAAUUAAAGAAAUAAAGGACCUUCAAUUAAUGUUAUUUCCACUGACAUCCAAGCUUCUGAUUCAACACCGGGGUGUGACAAGGAAGAAGACGAAGCUGCAUGUUAAAACCAGUUUGAUCAUCUGCUAAAGAAUCAAAACCAACAAUGGCAACCAAGAUGGAGACACUUGACGCAUCAGCUUUAUCAGACGUUACUUCAACUGUCACCUAUGACCCUAAAUCUGACACAGUGACCUUACCAGGAGGAGUCGUCUCGUUGGCGGGCAUCACUGUGGUGACGGGGGGUGCUGAGCUGUCCUGUGGUUCCUGCAUGCUGGCCUUUGGUUUCUGGGGGACUAUCAUUGGCUUCAGCUGUGUAGCCGUGGGGCUGUGGGACCAACUGAACCAGUCCAGAGUAGAAAUCUCUCACCUACUAUCACUGGGACUUGUUAUUCUGGCCCUAAGUUUGCUGGUGGUGGGAAGUGUGGUGGCUUUUUACCUCCUGACAAAGAAGAAGAGAGAGAUGACAAGAGCGGAGCGAGAGGAUGGAAAGGAGAUUCUUGUAGAGAGUGAGAGGGUGAUUAAAAAAGUUACAGUAUAAAAAACAUUAAAAGGUAAACAACAUAGCCAUACCCAGACAAGAAAUACUAUCUUUUAACUUCAUGUCAGCACACUAGCCUAUCACAUUACAUCCUGCUGUUACCUUUAAUCUUCUGUCUAACUUAUGUAGAAAUGCCACUCCUGUUUACCAAGAAAUAAAUAUUCCAUUUAUUUUAAUUUACUCUAAUUCUUCUACUGCACACUUUAACCCCACUACAUCAACUCAUAAACUGUUAUAGUUACUUGUUGCUUUGAUGAUCAAGAUUUCAAAUAAAACAAAGGAUCUUAAAUGUUCACAAGGUAUUAUUGAUAACAUUGUUUAAGAAUGAAAUAUACAUUAAAUUAGUGCCGAUACCCAAUAUAAUCGAGUAGGCCUACAAUCAUUUUCUAAAGGUAUCCAAUCUCCUGCACUGUGUGUCUGUACUUUAUUUUAGUUAGGCUACUUGAUGGACCUUCAGCUGAAAGUAUUUCUGUUUUUCCUGUACUGUAUUUGCUAUCAGUAUUUUAGGUUUAUUUUUGGUUACUUGUCAUUGAGAAAAGGCACAAAUGUUACUGAAAACAUUACGCUGGUUUAUGUGUAAACAGCCUAUCCCAGAUUAGGAACCCACCAGUGAAAGAUAAAGAAACACACAGGGUGAACGAAUAAAAGUGAAAAGAACACAAAGCCUCAAAUAGCUAGUUUCUAGUUUGGUUAAAAGUCUUCAAGAUAUUAAAGGAAACCAAUUUACAAAUGAAGUAUCUCAAACUACAACAACAGGCAAACCAUGAAGUAGGGAACUCAUCAGAUUAAAGUUGAGCCAGGUCAUUCAUAGGUCAUUGACAUUUGUUCACUGAAAAAUUGAAGGUUAAUUGGUCCAACUGCAUAGGACUGUUGCUACUAGCAACAGAGCGCACAACGAAACCGCUGGUGGCAAAAUAACCUGUGCACGUUGACCCAGAGCCUUAUAAUAAUAAUAAUAUAAUAAUAAUAAUAAUAAAGUUUAUUUAUAAAGCACUUGUCAAAACCAACGUCACAAAGUGCUUUACAGAAAAAAGAAAAAAUCCCAACAAAUACACAACAAUAAAAUCCUAUUAAAAGCAUGAAAAAUAAAACAAGAGUGCAGCAAUCACUCAAUUAACAGAGAAAAGAGAAACAACCGAGACAAAGAUUGGCUAAAGUUAACAGUAAAACAAAUAAAACAUCCUGGAUGAAACAAGGAUUAUAAGAAGGCCUUACGAUAAAAAUGUGUUUUUAAAAGUGAUUUA